AUGGAUUCAUUUUCCACAUCCUCCGUCUACAUCCGUAUAGUGCAAGAGUACAUUAGAAGACUGCGAAUCACGGAAACAUUUUCCUACUCUUUACAGCUACCGUUCCCAUUCGAGACUAAAAUUCAUAUACUCGUUCGACAUUUGGAAGUAAGCGUACCAGGCCAACCGGUGCACAACUGCAAGCACUAUCAUUGGCAGGAUUGGCCGGAUCGUGGAGUCCCAGACGCCGAUCUAGCGCCAAUUGUGUUAUUGUCGAAACUCAAAGAUAGUCCCGCUCCAAUAAUUGUACACUGCUCGGCCGGAAUCGGACGCACAGGAUCCAUAGUUCUGAUCCAACACGCCAUGGAGCUGUUGCACAUACCCGCGCCUUUACUUGAAAUCUCCACUUAUCUUAUAGAACUACGUAAACAAAGAAAUAAUAGCAUACAGGUUUGUCAACCGGAAUAG